GCACUUAUUCGGUUCUGUACAAUGACGAACUUCAGCAAACCACACGGUGUAGUCUCCGAAAUCGAUCACGAUAUUAAACUCUUAAAGCACAAGGUUCCAGGACUCGGCCGCUUCGACGAAACUGGCUGGUCCAGAUUGUGUCAGAUGUACUCCUGGAACCAUGGCCGACUAUCACCAGAGCUGAAUAUAGUAGUAACGACAUCUUCGCUAAGUGGUUUAAUGGGAUUCCUUACUGGAGGUUUGAAUUAUGCAAAGCAAGCCAGAGAAAAUUUUGUCAGACAGAAUAACCACAACAAAUUCUUCGACGGCAAAGAUUACCAGCGCAAACUCCUGGAUCAGCAGUUUGUGCAAGCUACCCGAGGAGGGUUAAAGAUGGCUUGGCGAACGAGCCUUUUUUCGGGGAUCUACAUGCUCGGUGUCAUAUCAGGUUCCGUGUAUAGGGAAAAAUUCGGCAUUUUCGAGCAUGUCCUAGCCGGAGGACUUACGGCAGCAAUCUACAGGAGUCACCUCGGUCUGAGGGGAAUGUGGUUUGGAACUAUAUUAGGAAUGGUGUUUGGAACAAUUGGUGGUACCAUAUGUUUCUGCGCGACCAGGAUACUCAACGUGUCGCUAGCCGAGGCCCGCUACGACUACUACAAGUAUUAUGUUAACAUUUGGGAUGAGGAGGCUCGACAAGAGCUAAACAGAAUUGCUGCCAAAGUGCUCAAGGAGGAGCGAGAAGAAGCUACUAAAGUUUGAUCGCUGUUGAUAUGAUGCUACUACGCUCAAGUGCAAGCAGCUGAACCAAGCUAGAUGCACCGAGCUGAUGAAAUUCAUAAAAGUUAUAUCAUCGAAUAGUGUCUUUGCAAACGAAGUUCCAUCGUAUGAAAAAAUUCAAAUAUAAAUUUCAUGAUUUUAGAGUAAGCAAGCAGUAGUGGCGGAAGUAGUUGAAGUGGUAUAAAAAAAAAGUGGCAAACAACAGGUGUAAGACAAUCUGAUGCUGUUAGAUCUGUGUUAACGUACGAAAAUAAUUUGAAUGAGAAUAUAUCUAAAAGAAAUUGGGAAAGAGCUACUAAAGUCAGAAUUAGUACGAAGGCCCUGAAUGGUUAUAUAUAUUUCGUACAUUGCCUUGCCGAUGAAACGCCAUUGCAACCUUUUUAGCUGUAAUUGUUAAUCGAUAUAUAAUAGAUGCUCAGGCAUGAUGACGCAACUGCGAUGUCUUUGCACUAUGAAAACAUAGAAGAAUGACAAACAUUUUGAAGACAAUAAAGGGGCCUUGUGCCUUAUUUAAAUUGUCUGUUACCUGUUACCGUUACGAAAAGACUAAUUUGUUUAGUUUAAGGAAAGUGACCGUUUUCUUUACCGCUCUCAGAAAUCGGUACAAAAUAAUUUUUCGAACAGUUUAUGCUGCAGAUAGUUUCAAAUAUUCCUUUGUUUCUCCGUUUGUACAUCUGUGAUAUAUCUAUCUUACUAUGGCCUAGCAAAUGUUCUUUGUGGGGAACAUUUAACCUGCAAGAAGUAAUCGAAUCAAACUCGAAAUAACACUAGCGUGAAAACUCAAAAAUGACCGUAAAUUGAAACACGUCUGGUAGUCAGACGUAGAGGUAAAUCUAUGACUAAAUGUAAUAAUAAUAAUAAACAACAUACGAACGCAAGCUCCUUAUUAUCACGUAAUAUAUUUACGACAUUUUGAGUGCGAUCAGGUAGCCAACACGCCUGUACGAAAUGAACGCAAAUUUUUAGCUGCUUAAGUAUGACUAUUCAUUCCACUGUUCUGGCUAUCACAAUGAUUCCUUUUGGAUUCAACCCAAUCAACCGGAGAUUUUCUAGCAGAACUAUUAGA